UGCACUUGCAGUGGCGGCUGGGCGCGCUCGAGCUCAGUCCGCGUCGACUCUCCGAUAGGGCAAGCAGCGGCGUCGGAUGUGUCGCGCGGCAUCGGUCGGCUACGGCGGCGGUGCAGCGGUCACUUGUUGCAGGAGGCGCGGCCGCGGGUGGGUGUGCGCGCACGUGCCGGCGCCGGGCCCGCACAGUGCCACGGCGGCCCGCGUCGAGCGCAGAGCGCCGCACGCGCCGGCAUGCGACGCCACCGGUAGCAUGCGGCUGCCCUUGCUGCCGCUGCUCGUGCUGCCGCUCGUGCUCGUGCGCCCGGCAGCAGCCGGGAUCUGCUGGGUGGGAAUGGACCGCGCCGGGCGCUGCAGUUCAGUGUCUGCGUUACGCAUGACCCGCGCUGAAUGCUGUACUGGGGCCUCUCGAUCUCCCGCCGCCUGGAGCCCCAAGGAUUACGAUAGCGGCGAAAUAUUCUUCUACAAGGUUCUCUCGGGAGGAGUACCGUGUAAUGCUUGUGCAGAAUCAUGUGCCGGAAUGUCUUGCGGCGCCGGACGCCGUUGCGUGGUGAGAGGCGGUCGCGCCAAGUGUGUUUGCGCGGCGUCGUGCCGCAGAGUGAGCGCGGUGUGCGGCAGCGACGGGCAGACUUACCGCUCGCUGUGCAAAUUACGCCGACAAGCCUGUCGCAAGCCAGCUAAGCACUUGGUCGUAGAUUACCAUGGACCUUGUCAAGACUCGUGCGAUGGCGUUCGUUGCGGUGGAGGCAAGCGGUGCAUUCAAGACGCAGAGUUUGGUGUGCAUUGCGUACGAUGUAGUACGUGCAAUGUUGCGGGUUCGCUCGUUUGUGCGGUCGACGGCAAAACUUAUGCGGGCACGUGCGCGCUUAGACGCGCCGCUUGUGAGCGUGGUCGCGCCUUGCCGCUGGCUUACAAAGGACGUUGCAUAGCGAACGCGACGUGUUCGAGUGUGUCUUGUUCGAGCGGGCAGCGCUGCGUGUCGGGCGGCGCGAGCGGCGUGCGCUGCGUGUCGUGCGGCAGGUGCGCCGGCGGCCGUCGCAAGCCGCUGUGCGGGUCCGACCGCCGCACCUACCCGUCCUGGUGCCGGCUGCAGCGGGCCACUUGCCGCGCUGGCCGGGUCGUGGACCCGCUGCAUCGGGGACCUUGCAAAGAAGCCGUAAACGUAACGGACAAUAUGAUGACUAAUGCGAGAGGUUUAAGCGCACUGGACAUGCACGUCCUAUAGUCAUAGACUCUUCUAGUUUUAGCGUACCAAGCUUCGUAGUCUAUUCAAUUUGCAAGUGAAACUGUAUUCGGCACCUAAGCUCUAUUGUAACAUUAACUAACAUCGUAAAAUUGAACAAUAUUGAUUAUCUUUGUUUACAACGACAUAGUAAUAUGCUUAGAGUCUAAGAACUAAGCGGCGGUAUAGAGAUAAACAAGGAGAGUUUUUUGAAUCAGUGCAGCGAGAUUAUGCAUAUUAUGUUUCAAACAAAUAACACCUCAGCUAUUCAGACGAUAAUAAAAAUUUCUCGUCAAUGGUACGUUCAAAAGCCAAGCUGUCUUUUCAGUUGUAAAACUCUUUUACGCGGAAACUUUCGUUUACAUUAGGUACGUAAAAAUGUUGUUUUAUUCUCGCUGUUAUGUUUAAUGUUUAUUAUAUUGUACUUAUUCGAAGAACUCUUCUAGUGUAAAUAAGUCUUUAUGCUGGAAUUAAAACCUAUCCGUCAAAAAAUACGUUGAAUACAUUAGUGUUUCAUAGCGCCAGGUAGUCAGUCAUCAAAGUGCCAGGUUAUGUUGAAUUUCCAUAACAAUGUAGUCAGUGUAGAUUUUAGAAAAAUCUGUCGAACCUGAUGCACCUUUUCGAUUUUUUAUAGAUAAAUAAUAAUUAUUAUUAUAUUAGUUUUAAUAACACUUACAUUAUUAAAAUUUUGAGCACCAAAUCGUACUUAAUAUUUAGUCAAAAUAUUAAUUUUAGGUAUGUACUGGUAGUUAGCACAAUGUUUGGAUAUUAAAUAUUUCUAACUUAAUGAUUACACUGUUAUUUCCAUAUUGUUGAAAGUCGCUGUACAAACGAAGCUCUUAUUGAUGAAAUGAUUGACACAUUCAUCGGACUGACAUAAAAUGUUCUUUUAAAAUUUUAAUUAACAUUUAGUUAUUUAAGACUUACUUCACGAAAUGCGGUUAAAGCUUAUGCAAUAUUUAUUAAUAAGUUAUGUGUAUGAUUUUAAGUGCAAUAAUUUUAUGAAAAAAAAAAAUUGUGAAAAUUAUGACAUUUAACAUGUUCUUGUUUUGUUUUUAGAUUUUUUUUUAUUAUUAAUUUUUUCCGUUUAAGCUGGAACGCGUAUUGCUUGUUUCGAUUCGGUUUUGAACACGUUCAGAAUGUUAUAAAAAUACGUUUUCAGUAUUAUGUCGAGAUAAGAUUUUAGGACUUUAAUUUUCGAAACUUUUUUACAUUGAAAAUGAAGUGGUUUUUUUUUUGUAGGCUGUAAGUAUAAUAAUAAUUUAUUGUUUAUUUUUUUUAAAUAUUAUUCAAAAUGUCUCCAAUUUUCAUGGAUGUGUGUAUGUGUGUUAAACCGAGGAAUUAAUUUGUGAAAAUGUAUGCAUUGGCGUUUUAUUUUUUUUCGUAUGUUUAAAAGUGUAGAAGGCGAACGUCAAAUGGAAAGGUAGACUGCGUAAGAACGUGAUGCCAAAUUUAAGAUUAGGAACAAAAAUUUUUUUUUUUUUUGUUGAAGCAUAAUUUUCAAACCAUGACAUUUCGUUUUAUUUGGAUAGGAGUCUUCUUUGGCUUCGAAAUUUUAUUUUUGUAUAUUUUUUUAGAUAGGUAGCAUAUUUUAAUAUGUUACGACGGUCCAUAGAGCAGUAAGCCACAAAACUAAAUUAACAAAUACGAUCUUAAUUGUGUACUUAAAACUUUCAUCAACAGGGAUAAAUUUGUACAUAGAAAAACGGUUCAAUUUUUUUAAAAUCAUUUCCAUCAGUUGAAGCCCCAUCGAACUUUUCAACUGUAUCGAACAGCUUAA